AUGCAGGGCGCUGGAGGUCUUGGGAAUCGUUUGCGUGGCGCUGUUAACUCGAGUGGUCGCAAGCUCGCCAGCAACAAACUUAAGAAGUUGGCGCUCGACAAGGGCAAGCGACCUGCUGACGAUCCCGAAGGCAACGAAAAGUUGCCUGCUCUCCCUGGCGAGCCCGUGCAUGAGGAGGAAAGCAACAGCGAUGGCGAGUGCGAGCCUGCUGCUCCUAGCAACCGCGGUGGCCACGAUGGGGAAGCAGCUCCUCUUGGGGUUCAGAUCAACGCGGACGACUUCAGCGAUCAUGAGGACGAGGAAGAACUUCUUAGGGGCAACCACAACAAUGGAAACCAGCGUCCAGAUGCGGCAGAAUCUGCUACUAAUGACGAUGGUGCGUUUACCUUUGAUUCAGGCGAAGGCCGCCAGGACACGCUCAAUAACGUUACCAACCGUGGUCAGGACGCUGCUGCAAAAGCCCGUCAGGUGGAGAGCCCGCUGGACGGUGUUCAUCGGGCGGCGCCGAAGGAGCCUGGUGCCUCGAGUGCGGAAGAUCGUGUGGCAGAUUUGGAGCGCACCACGCAGCAGCAGUCGGUGCUGAUUUCUUCGCUCUUGCGCCAGAUUGGCAAUGAGCGUGGCUCCACGGUGGAAAAGGGCGAAACAAGGCGUGGCGCCCCAUCCGAACGCGAGGUGGUCGAACGCACGCCGGCGAAUCAACCGGCAGCAGCGCGCAGUGAUGGUCAGAAGCGCAAGCGGGAUUACCCGACUUUCGCGGAUCCGGGCAAGAAAAUGGAGCUCGCAAUUCAGGUGACGCUGUUUCGCCAGCCUGACGACGUCAGCAGCAUGUACCCAUCCGAUGGUCUCGUUCUGGAGUGCCUUAUUGGAGUGUGGGGCACGAGUAAGGGUCCUGCCAUUCGAGCAGUGAUGAUGUACUGCGUCGCUCGUGCCGGGUCUGCAAAGCGCAAGGGCAACGAUUGGCGUGCAAAAAUCUCCAUGGCCGCGCGUCGCAUGUUCGCGGAUGCUUUCGGCCUCGUUUGUGAGGCGAAUCCUCGCCUCAAGUUUGAUUACAGUGAACUUGUGUGCGAGGAAGAGCGCACCCCCACCCAGGUGUACAACCUGGAAGGUGUUACGCCACUUGCCACUGUCCCCAAUCUUCUCCCCGCUUUCGUUGUCCCCUCCAUCCAUGCUUCUCUCUCCCGAUCUCUUUCAGCUACUUCUAGGCUUUUCGUGGGACAUGUGGUUAUACCUUCAGCAGCUGAUCUUAUGCAUUUAAGGGGUGGCCUUCUUCGUUGGCACUUCUCGGAGGAGCUGAACCGCCCUUUCGCUACCGCACUGUUCGAUCUCAUCAUUCGCAACGCGUUCCAGAAGGGUGCUGGUGGGGCGGUGACGGUGGUGAAGGCGUACCACAUCGCCUACACCCUCUACCUGGUGGAGUAUUCCGUGGUGCAUCAUAAGGCACGCGGAAAGCGCAUUCCCACAGAUGCCUGUGUGAAUGCGGACGACAUUGCCCGCUACCACCGCAAGGUGAAGGCGGCAAUCCGCCACACUCUUGAGCAUGCCCCCAACAACGAGCUCCCCGCCUGGUCCGAGCAGCACCAGGGAUGGGUGUUUGGGCCCACUGAGACCGUGGUCAUCUCGGGGAGUGGGUUCUCGGACCUCACCCCAGUUGGAGCUGACCCCGAUGGCAAGGAAAAGGCCGCUGUCAAACGCCUCUAUGAGUUCUCCCAGCUGGAAGUGCAAAAGGGGAAAAAGAAGAAGACGUGCUCCAACGAAAGUGCUGCCACUAUGGAGCGCGACGUCCUUGAUGACGUGGGUGAGUGGGAGGAUGCCGAAGACAGUGUGUAG